AUGGGAUCUUGUACUUCAAAAGAUUCUAAUCCACCUUCACAGUCACAAUCACAACCAGCACAAUCUCAAAAACGACAACAGCAGCAACAACAAAUACUACAACAACAACAGCAAGAUCAACAACAGCCACCACCUACAGAAAAAUCAAAUGGUUCAACUAUAUCACGUAAUAAUCAAUCAAUUCUGAAUAGUAUAGUACCAAAUGAAAAACAACCACAUUCAAAUCCAAUUGAUGCAGCAAUUCAAUCAAAUUCAACUAAAAAUGUUAAAAUAUUACUCUUGGGUAGUGGAGAAAGUGGUAAAUCAACUAUAAUAAAACAAAUGAAAAUAUUACAUACCCAAGGUUAUUCAGAUGAAGAAUUAAUUGAAUAUCGACCUUUUGUUUAUAAAAAUGUUUUGGAUUGUAUAAAAAAUAUUAUAAAUGCAAUAAUAGAUCUAGAACCAUCACUUAUAAAAGAAGAAAAUUCUUUGGAUUAUGAUAAUUUAGAUCAAAUUUUAGAUUAUGAAAUAGAUUUAGAUCAAUUUAAUAAUCUGUUUGAUGAAAAUAUUGCAAAAAAGAUUUAUAAACUUUAUGAUUCUAAAAUUGUUAAAGACUUUAUAAUACAUAAUCAGGGGAAAUUUUAUCUUAUAGAUUCAACUGACUAUUUUAUGAACAACAUAAUGAGAAUAGCUGACCCAAAUUAUAUACCAUCUACAACAGACAUUUUAAGAACUAGAAAAAAGACAAGUGGGAUAUUUGAUUUUAAUUUUGAUAUGGGGAAUGGCUUAAAUAUACAUAUGUUUGAUGUAGGAGGUCAAAGAUCAGAAAGGAAAAAAUGGAUUCAUUGUUUUGAUAAUGUUACUUUAAUAAUAUUUUGUGUUGCAUUAAGUGAAUAUGAUCAAGUUUUAUUAGAAGAAAAUAAUCAAAAUAGAUUGGAAGAAUCAUUAGCAUUAUUUGAUUCAGUAGUAAAUUCACGUUGGUUUUCAAGAACAAGUGUUGUCUUAUUUUUAAAUAAAAUAGAUGUAUUUGCUGAAAAAUUACAAUAUUCACCAUUAGAAAAACAUUUCCCCGAUUAUCAAGGUGGUAAUAAUAUAAAUAAAGCAGCAAAAUAUAUUUUAUGGAGAUUUAAUCAAGUAAAUCGACUGGGUUUAAAUAUUUAUCCUCAUGUGACUCAAGCAACUGAUACAAAGAAUAUUGAAUUAGUUAUGGCUGCUGUAAAAGAAACUAUUAUGGAAAAUACUUUAAAAGAUAGUGGAAUAAUUUAA